UACUUUUAAAAGUUUCAGUCUUUGUUUUCAGUUUGUAGGAGCUCCGAGCUUCAUAUUUUUUCAGUUAAAAAUGGCCGUUACAGUUGCGAUCUGCUGCUUCUCUGCGCUGAGCUCCACCGUUAAAUCCCGUUACUCUCUUGCCGCCGCCGCCGCCUCCCAACACCGCUUCUCCACGUCGCGCACAUCCAUUGGCUCCAUCUCUUCCAAUCACAGCCACAGCCACAGCCGCACUUCUUCGAAUCCCAAAAAUGGCUCCCGCUCCCACAGAGAAAAAGAGGCUGUUCCCCAAAAGAAGACACCGAGAAGAUCAAGUGAUGAAAGGCCUUGUUCAUAUGCUGAUGGAAAUAGCGGUAAAGGGAAUGUGGGACGUUUUCAAUCAUCAGCUUUUAAAUCAUUUGGCACGCAAAGAAAAGACAAUAAGGAAAUUCUGUUUGAUAUGAAGGAGCAGCAGGUUCAACCUGGGAAUCUUCAAGAGGCAGCUUUUCUUAAUGCUGUUGUGAAGGUUUACUGCACCCAUACUGCCCCAGAUUAUUCCCUUCCUUGGCAAAAACAAAGACAGUUUACAAGUACUGGAAGUGCUUUUAUGAUCGGGGAUGGGAAACUUCUGACAAAUGCACAUUGUGUUGAACAUGAUACACAGGUAAAAGUGAAGAGAAGGGGAGAUGAUACAAAAUAUGUUGCUAAGGUUUUAGCAAGGGGUGUUGAUUGUGACAUAGCUCUGCUUUCAGUAGAAAGUAAGGAAUUUUGGGAAGGAGCAGAACCACUCAAUUUUGGGCACUUGCCACGUCUUCAGGAAGCAGUAACUGUUGUAGGAUAUCCCCUUGGAGGAGACACCAUAUCAGUGACAAAGGGAGUAGUAUCACGUAUAGAGGUUACAUCAUAUGCACAUGGAUCAUCUGAUUUGUUGGGAAUUCAAAUUGAUGCGGCAAUAAAUCCUGGUAAUAGUGGUGGUCCUGCAUUCAAUGAUCAGGGGGAGUGCAUUGGGGUGGCUUUUCAGGUUUACAGAUCUGAAGAGGCUGAGAAUAUUGGAUAUGUAAUUCCAACUACGGUUGUGUCUCAUUUUCUGAAUGACUAUGAAAGGCAUGGGAAAUACACUGGUUUCCCUUGUCUUGGCGUCUUGUUGCAAAAGUUGGAGAAUCCAGCCCUACGUGCAUGCUUAAAAGUACAAUCUAAUGAGGGUGUACUGGUACGGAGAAUUGAACCUACUUCUGAUGCACAUAGUGUCUUAAAGGAGGGGGACGUGAUUGUAAGCUUCGAUGAUGUUCGAGUAGGAUGUGAAGGAACAGUGCCGUUCAGAACAAAUGAGCGCAUUGCAUUUCGCUACCUCAUUAGUCAAAAAUUUGCUGGUGAUGUGGCAGAACUUGGCAUUAUUAGAGCAGGAAACUUCAUGAAAGUGCAAGUGGCUUUGAAUCCACGAGUUCAUUUGGUUCCCUAUCAUAUUGAUGGAGAUCAGCCUUCUUAUCUAAUAAUUGCUGGUUUUGUGUUUACCCCACUCUCGGAACCCCUGAUAGAUGAGGAGUGUGAAGACUCUAUAGGGUUGAAACUGCUGGCAAAGGCACAUUAUUCCUUGGCAAAGUUCAAAGGGGAGCAGAUUGUGGUCUUAUCACAGGUCUUGGCAAAUGAAGUGAACAUUGGAUAUGAGGAUAUGAGCAAUCAGCAAGUUUUGAAAUUCAAUGGAACUCGAAUAAAAAACAUCCGUCACCUAGCACAUCUUGUUGAUUCAGCAUGCAAGGAUAAAUAUCUAGUUUUUGAAUUUGAAGACAAUUAUGUUGCUGUUUUGGAAAGGGAAACAGCUAGUGCUGCUUCCUCUAGUAUUCUCAAAGGUUAUGGGAUUCCGUCAGAAAGAUCUUCCGAUCUGUUGGAGCCAUAUGUGGAUUCAUUGGGAGACAACCAAGCAAUAGAUCAGGAUUUUGGUGACAGCCCAGUUUCAAAUUUGCAAAUUGGCAUCGAUGCACUCCUCUGGGCAUAGUUACUGUAAGUUGAAAGGUCAAUCUCAUUUUUCUCAGCAGCCUCCAAAUUGGUUACUCGAGCAUAUUCUCUUUUUUCCUGCUUACAUGUUUUGUUUUUUCUAUUUUUUAUUUUUAUUUUUUUUUGGGGUUGGGGGUGUUAAUUAGCUUUGAUUGUAACAAUUUUCCUUAUUAUAUCGAUUAGGGAGAACAUAGUCUGUAUGAAAUUACUGCCAUUUUUCCAAGAAAGCAGUGAUGUAAUGAUUUACAAUAGUGUUCAAUGAUUAAUUAUUCAAUGUAAAAGGAAAUAAGAUGUUUUUCUGAUUCAAGUUU